AUAUGCAAAUCUCCUCAACCGUCUGAACAGCCAAUCAGAAAUACAGUCGGACACAACAAGUCCAAGAAUCACCAGGAGACUGAUUAUUUUAAGAUGGCGUUAAAAGCAGAACCAGAAAGGAAGGAAUGGCACAAAGGUCUUGCCAAAGCAAUGAGCAAGGGUUACAGAAAAUCUGAAUUCACUCCAGAGCUGAAUGCUGAAAUUCUAGAGCAGUUGAAAAAGGCAAUAGUGAUAGGCCCAAAUGAUUUGUUCUUCAUUAUAAAAUAUGCCCUUUAUAUACUGAAAAAGUCUGAGGUGCAAGCAAAAAACAAUGAUGAAGAAAUACAAAUUUUACUAGAGAGAACCAUUGAAAUCAAAAACUUGGAGGGACUGCCAGGUAUUUUUCAGUAUUACAGAAAAUAUUCCACAAAGAGGGGUUUUCAAGAAGGAGAAAGGGUUCGAGAAAAUUUUCCCACCUCUACUAAAGUUCUUAGAAUCGUGGCUAAUUUAUACAAAUGGAAGGUUUUCUUGAUGAAAGAUGACAGUGAGGAAAGGGAGACUUUGGCUAGGAAAUCCAUUGAGCUGUUAGAGGAGGUUGUCAGACAUUAUCCUGAUCGUCUCCAAGUAAAGUUAUCCCUUGCGUCACUGCACUGUUAUGCACACAACACUGAGAAAGCGGAGGAGAUUUUUAAGCAGCUCCUGUCAAAGAAAGAUGAUCUCUCUCUUAAUGGACAACUUCACUUAUUUUAUAGUUAUGCCUGCCAUUUACAUUAUUCUAGACAGUCCAGAGAUUCAGUCUUCUAUUACAUGAAAGCAGCAGAAAUCCCAGAAAUGACAGAUCGCAAACGAAAGAGUAUAAAAAUAGUUUCAAAUUCAGCAUUUUCUUGAAGGAAUGGAGACUUCAAAUGUACUCUAAUGUUACAGACAAGUUAUAAACACUGUCCCAACAUCAUACAACAACCUUUGAAAAAAAUCAUUAUGGUUCUCUUUACAUUUCACUCUAGGAAACGUAAUGAAGAAAUGGUGGUGAAGAAAAAAAAUUCCCAAUAGUCUAUAUUAGAAUUCAACGCUAUGUUUUGUUGUAUUAAUAGAUGUAACUUCCAGCACCAGUUCCAUUGAUGUCUAAAAACAACAACAGAAAAUAACUUCUUGGAGCUGGAUCAUGUGCUUAUUGCAUUUAAUUAUAACUACUGUUCACAUAUGAAUAGAAAACACUUUUAUAACUGCUUUGCUUUGAGAUCUUCAUUCCUGAAAUGUGGAUAUACAGAUGUGUUGCUUACAUGUGCUUCUGUUUCAAAUAGAAUAAACAUUUCUUAUAAAACACUAAUUCUAAUUGAUCAGAUCUGCCUGCUAUAUUGAUUUUGAAACUUUGUGUUUUCUGUUUGCAA